UCUUUCCGCAUUCCUACCACUGUCCCAACCCACCCCCUGCACCUGCACCUGCACUUACACCUGCACGAUUGUAUACAUACACCCAUUGUACGUAUAGGCCACGCCGACGGAAACAAACUGUGCCCAGACAAGGGACAAAGAGAGCUUAGCUUGCCUGCUUGCUUGAUUAACUAACUGUUUGAUGGAGACGACGGCUGGAGGAGAGGUGAAACCCAACGCUGAUGCAUCUUCUUUCCAGGUGCAGCACCAGCCACCGCCGGCGGCGGAGCCGAUGAGGAAGAUUGUCCUCGUGGCGUCCAUCGCCGCCGGCAUCCAGUUCGGGUGGGCUCUGCAGCUCUCCCUGCUCACUCCAUACGUUCAGCUGCUCGGAAUACCCCACACCUGGGCGGCAUUCAUUUGGCUCUGUGGACCAGUCUCCGGCUUGCUUGUCCAGCCCAUCGUCGGAUACUACAGCGACAAUUGUAAAUCUCGGUUCGGGCGUCGCCGGCCGUUCAUCGCCGCCGGAGCCGGGCUCGUUGCCAUGGCCGUGUUUCUAAUCGGCUUCGCCGCCGAUAUGGGCCAUGCCGCCGGAGAUUCUCUCCAGAAACGAGCAAAGCCUAGGGCUAUUGCCGUUUUUGUUGUCGGGUUUUGGAUUCUUGAUGUUGCCAACAAUAUGUUGCAGGGGCCCUGUAGGGCACUGCUGGCCGAUUUGUCGUGCGGCAGCGCCAAGAAGAUGGGUACUGCAAAUGCUCUGUUCUCGUUUUUCAUGGCGGUGGGGAAUGUUCUUGGCUACGCCGCCGGUUCCUACACCCAUCUUUACAGGAUCUUCCCUUUCUCCAAGACCACAGCCUGCGACAUCUACUGCGCGAAUUUGAAGAGCUGCUUUUUCAUCUCCAUAGCUCUUCUGAUCACCCUCACCACCUUAGCUCUCGCCAUUGUCGGCGAGACCACCCCGCCGGCGGAGAUCCCGGAGACGCCUGAAAAGGGGGGGAUUCCGGUGUUCGGCGAGCUCUUCGGCGCGCUCAGGGAUCUUCCAAGGCCGAUGUGGAUUCUUCUUCUGGUCACCUGCCUUAAUUGGAUUGCCUGGUUCCCUUUCCUGCUGUUCGACACCGAUUGGAUGGGGAAGGAGGUGUACGGCGGGGAGGUCGGGGUGGGGAAGCUCUACGACCAGGGCGUACGCGCCGGCGCGUUGGGUCUGAUGCUCAAUUCGGUGGUGCUGGGAUUGGCUUCGCUGGGGAUUCAAUUCGGGGCUCGUGGGCUAGGUGGGGUGAAGAAACUUUGGGGGAUUGUGAAUUUUGUGUUGGCGGCAUCUUUAGCCAUGACUGUCGUCAUAACCAAGAUCGCCGAGCACUCACGGCGGCACGCCGCCGACGGGACGCUGCUGCCGCCGGUGGCGGGCGUCAAGGUGGGGGCCCUGGUGCUUUUUUCAGUCCUCGGGAUCCCUUUAGCUGUAACUUACAGCAUCCCAUUUGCCUUGGCCUCUAUUUUCUCAAGUAAUGCAAAUUCAAAAGCUGGACAAGGAUUGUCUCUGGGAGUGCUGAAUCUUGCAAUAGUUAUCCCACAGAUGGUGGUGUCUGUGGCCAGUGGGCCAUGGGACGACUUAUUCGGAGGCGGCAACCUCCCGGCAUUCGUCUUGGGAGCGGUGGCAGCCGCCGCCAGCGGCAUCUUAGCCAUCGUAUUGUUGCCAGCACCACCUGCUGAUGCAGCGGCAGCUACCAAGGCCAUGUCAGCAGGAGGAUUCCAUUAAAGAAGAACAACAAAAAAAUAAAAUGUUUGGGAAUGAAGCAAUCCUUCCUCAAGGUUUCUCUUCCAGCCUAGUUUUGUGUUUUAUAAUGGGGCUUGUAAUUUUUGUGAUCAUAUAUAUAUCCAUAUAUAUAUAUAUAUAUAUAUACAGCUGCUGGUGCUGUCGUAAAGACCAUGGCCAUAGCCCAUAGAUGUUUGCUGUGCUAAGUGUGUGUGUGUUUGUGAAGAAUCUUAUGUAAUGAUAUGUUGGCAAAGAUCAUAUAUAUGCCCCAACGUGGCUUCUGAUCUUUAACAGUCGAUUAUGAAAAGGUUCUUGAAAUUGCUGUGGA